AUGGCACACCUGCAGCUUUCGCAGGCCUUCGAACAAUCAUACAAAAGUUUCGAGGCUUACCCGUGCAACCUUGUCUACCAACCUUCCUAUCUUGGUGUUUUGAAGGCUUACAGGGAUCGGCUCAACAACGCUGCAGCCAAACUUUUCACAGCCAAUAAUGGAGAAGUUUACAUCCCAUUUCGAGAUUUACUUCCCAAUGAACAAGCAUUCGAGAAAAGAAACAUCUUCGAUGAUGAAGCGCUGAAGGACUGGAUCGGGGAUCGGUCAACCGUUGAUUCUCUUACCUCGACUCCUGUUGGAGAUUUAGCCACCAGGAGGGACCCCAAAUGUCGAUUCGUUUUCUUGUGGGGAGGACAUUCACGAAGACCGCUCAAUAUUACUCGUCAGAUGCUCAUUCGAAUAGCGAGCUAUCAUCAAGUCAUGCCCGAGUAUCUAGACUUCAUAUCUGUUUUUGGACAGCAAAGCUCUUCCCGGGAAUUGAGAUUUAGUGGCUUUCGCGAGCAAGUCUUGCUCAGCAAGCCUGUCAAGGGGUUAUCAAUGCCUAGCCUAGGUCGAAGUGGGCGGCAGUACCAGCUAUGCUAUAACCUGAAGUCUGUCGCUUGUCUGUCGGCCGCUGACACCACGUUGAAACAAAAAGAGUGGUCUAUUCGUCAGGCAGCUUUUUAUCAUCAGUUUGACGUCGGGCACGGAACGACCUUGUGGAUCGUUACGAAAGGCGAUCUGGAGAUCAAGGAACGACUUCAAGAAAUGACGGGUAAAGACGGACGACCAGAAGAUCGAGCCUUCGGCACGCCGGAAGAGUGUUUCCGAUCUAGCUUGGCUGUUCAUCUGUUAUACUGCCAUUGGUCAACAGAAGCGUGGCGCUGGUACCUUCAGUGGUUAGAAGAUGUAACGGAUCACGAGUCACACAUCGCUGUCCUCGGCCCCCGUGAUCCCAGCCGAGCGCGGCGCGAAUAUACCCCAGAAGAUCUCCAGACUCUUCAUCAUUACGAAGAGAAGACUCAUGAGGCUAUCAUGAUCCUUGAAGCUAACGCCGGUAUACUCACUUCUCUUCGCUCAUUUUAUACGCGCUUGGUGGACAGGAGAGAUUUUUCACUGCAGGGAAACUGCCAGGAAGACGUACUCACGUUCGCUGCGCGUGUGGAUGAUAUGGUGCAUGAUUCCAAAAUGCAGCUAUCGCGCGCCAGACUCCUCAGCAGAAUCGUCGCUGACAGGAAGAACUUGAUCCUACAGCAUCUUCAGCAUCAAGCGACAGAGAAGAUGGAGGCCUUGACCAUGAGUACCUACAACACCGGAGUAAUGUCUCAAAAAGAGGCAAUUGCUGUUCGCAUCAUAACUGUGGUGACCUUAGUCUAUCUGCCAGCAACAUUUGUAUCGACUUUCUUCAGUACGGAUGUGAUCAGAUUUCAGAAUCAAAAUGGUAACAGUGAUGCCACGAGCGGCUUGGCUACUUCUCCAAACGAGACUUUCUACGGAUCUUUCUCUAAGAUCGCCUUGUUCCGGUGGCUGCAAGUAACCCUGCCGUUGAGCGCCCUGACCCUGGCUAUUGGAUACAUAGCAUUCAGAAUAGCGGAUAAGAAGCGGAAACGUGCAUCACUUCCUCUCUACUGGACAGCAUCUAAGGCUGACACCUCAUGA